AGAACAGGAACUCUAUGGCCAUGGGCUUUCAUCAUUGUAAAAUAACGAAUGCAAUUAGCCUGCAACAACCGCUAGGCGCGUUUUCUAACAGUGAAAUGUAUUCUUAUCGUAUUUGUUAUUAUCUUUUUAUUUUUUUCAACGUCACAGCAAGGCCUACUACGCAAAGCUAUGCCACUUUUCUCUUUUUAGUAAACAAUUUGCUCGUACAGAAUAAUACUCGUCUACAACAGCUAGAUACAGGAGAGCUGUUGCCCCUUGUCCUUGUUGAAGAUCUCUACUGAAUGUAAAGAAAACGAACACGAACUUACGUAAAACAUAAACAUCUCGCGGCUUGGUACAAGAAAAAAUCCUCUCCGCGAUGCGUAUCUUUAUCUUCACUAGGAAUAAGAAAAUAGUAUGAGCCUAUCUGCUUUACAAUUUAUAGAAAUCUCAUCUAGUUGUACUAGAAAAAAACGGGGCACAACCAGGAAACAAAGCCGAGCAGAAAAUCGGCGCUCGUGUAUUUGCACGACAACACGGAAAGGACCAAAAGGACGCCUAGUUCCAGAAG